AGACUGGAAGCUUUGUUUUUCCCCUCAGUGCAGAAACUGGGAGAGAGGGAUUGUUUUGAAACCAUGGCAGAGCAAACAGAGGGAUUUCCCUCCUCCACCCAGCUGCAGCCCGGCCGUGCCUUCUUUUCAAGAAUACCAAAGAACUGGUUUACCCUUUCUGAACAGACAUGCAGAGCAGACAGGCGCUAACACUCACACUCUCACACACACACACACACACACACACACACACACACACACACACACACACACACACACACACACACACACACACACACACACACACACACACACACACACACACUCACGAAUUGUCUGUGCCUCACAUGCACACACACGUUAAAAUAACACCCCACCCCUCGGCGCUGCACUGCCAGCUGUUUCUGGUUAGGCAGGCCGAUGUGCCUGCAGUGAAGAGGAGGACGAGGCAGGCCGGAGUCAUGAAGCGGCAGCUGGAGCUCGCUGCCCUCGGUGUGGCCUUCACCGGGUGGCUGUGUGCCGUCCUGACGCGCUGCCUGGCCCUGUGGAAGGUGAGCGGCACUCUGAACAACACCACGGCUUCUCUGCCUGCCUACUGGGACGGGGUGUGGCUGGAAUGGGAUCACUGGGAUUUAAACCACGAUGGCAGCCUGCACUGCUCCUUCUAUCAGUCUCUCAUGUCUCUCUCUGGAAGUUUUCGGACGUGGAGGGCCCUCAUCAUGGCGGCCAUCGGAGCUGGAGCCUUCGCUACGGUGAUCGCAGCGGCAGGGUUGAUAUGGUUCCCUAAACGCGGCCAGGUCAAAGUGUUUUCUGGUGCUGUCUUUGUAUUGUCUGGGAUCCUGCUGCUGGUUCCCACAGCCUGGACGUGCCAUCACACCAGCCAGCCACUGGAGGGGGCAGUGCUGCUGAGGAGAGACUGGGGACCUGCUCUGUACCUUGGAUGGAUCUCCUUUGGCUUGAUGCUGGUCGGUGGAGUGUUUCUCACCACCAGAUGUCCGACUACUGAGAACCAGGCAGAGCAGCGUGAAGACAGCAGGUAUCCGAACGUGGACGAGGAGGCUAAUCACCCCCUGAGCAGGAUCAACAGGACUACGUUCACCAGCAGCCAGUACGAACGCAGAUCACAGCCCAUCUGAGAGGACCGGGAUGUAAUAUUUAACACAACGUGUGUGUGUUUAAACUGGAAAAUCACUGACAUGUGAAAUGGCUGUGGGUAGAUUCAACAGUCCAGGCUGCACGUGUUGAGUAAUGAUGCACUGGUUUAACUAAGAGUGAACUUAACAUUAGAAAGUGCAGACGCUCCAAUGUUUCCUGUCACUAGUUUUACUAACAGGGAUGCGGGUAGGACUUUGAAUUUGCUUCAUUUUGCUGUGUUUUGUUCUAUUUCGAGUGAAAUUAACAAACUUUGCAUUUGUUGUUACCACUAUUUAAAAUUACUGUAAAAUGAUAUUUCUCAGCGUCUGCUCAGCUCUGCUGGAUGCAAUUUUGAACUGAUUCUGCUGAUAUUGAAACAGAUUUAAGACUUACAGCUGUCAGAUGAUUUCAACACAUUGUAAUGUCUUGAAUCUAUAAUCAUUUUUAUAGCUGUACUGCACAAAUACAUUGCCCUACAUUAGAGUAAUGCAACUUUAUAUACAUCUAAAUUUUUCAGCACGAAAGGAUGCUGUGGAUUAAAUGAUCUCAAAUGAUUAAUAACACUUGUUUACAAGUUAUUUGACUUUAAUCAUGCACUACAGUGGCUUUAAUUAACUACACUGCAGAGCAUUCUAGGAGGUAAUAAGGUAAGCAAUAAUUUUGAAACGUAUAGCAGUCUUUUUCUUUGUUUUUUCUUUAAAAUAAACUAAAAGGGUGCAUGAUGAAAAGGAAGCAGGUGCUGCCUUUUGAGUAGCUAUUCAUAGUAAGUUAUAAACUUAUGAGAUGUGAAACUGGAUUUUUAAGAAUUCUAUUUGCAGAUCAAUGUUUUGCAGGUAUUUCAUGGGACAGUAAGUAUGAAACACUUCAGGACACAACAUACAGACACUUUGAGGUUGUUCUGAACCGUAAAAACACGGUUUUAUAUUUUUGUCAAACUUCCUAAAAGAAUUUACUCUUUUUGCAAUACAUUUCCUACAUUUUUUUAUUUCUACCUAAAAGCCUCAAAUCAAUUUGAGCAACAAAAAAUUUCUUGUAGUUAUGUGAUUCUGAAAUUUUUUAGUGCCAUUUUUCUGCUUUCAUACCACCUGGAUGUUGUAGUUUUAUGUGAUUCCUACAAUAGUUUUACAAAUAAAAACGGUUUUCAAAAUAA